AUGCUCAGGCUUUCCCAAGAAAACCAAGAAUAUCUCCAAAAAUAUAUCCUCAGUUCAACUAAGUGGAAACAGUUUAUGAUCCUGUCCAGGACUGAGGAAUAUAAUGCAGAUCUUGACCAAACCACAAAGAAUGAAGGAGGCUCCAAAGCUGUGUUUAAUAUUAAGCUCCCAGAUUUUCCAGCUGCGCCCAAACUGCUCAGCCUCCUUUCUGACACGUUCUCUGGUCUCACGAGGUUCUUCUCUCAACUUCUCCGCGGACCCCGUCCUGAAGUCCCCAUCAGUGCCCGGAGUAUCUCCUUUCUGCUUUCUGCUCUGCCAUCAGUUGGGCUUUCUACGGGGCACCUACGAAGGCCAGGCCACCUACUCCUGCUAGUUGCAGCUAUGGCACUGCCCAGAAGACCCCAAGGGGGACACCUGACCAGGGGAGAGGCUGCCAGUACAGAAAUGUCGAGCACAAUCCCUCCAAUGGGAUCAGAACACAUGGAGAUGCAGAAGCCCCAGAUGUCUGCAGCUCAGGAGACAUCAGGCUCCACCCCAAGCCAGCAAGGAGUAGGGAACCGAGGAUCCAAUGCAUGCUGCUUCUGCUGGUGUUGCUGCUGUAGCUGCUCUUGUCUCACAGUUAGAAACCAAGAACAGAUACCCAGGAGAGCAUCCCAAGAGCUCAGAAGGGAAGACCUUCCAAUCUGUGAAGAAAGCCCAAGUCCUACUCUGGAAGAAGUUCACUCUUGGGCUCAGUCAUUCGACAAGUUAAUGCUCACUCCAGCAGGAAGGAAUACUUUCCGCGAAUUUCUCAGAACAGAAUUCAGUGAAGAAAAUAUGCUUUUCUGGAUGGCAUGUGAGGAACUGAAAAAAGAGGCCAAUAAAAACAUUAUUGAAGAGAAAGCAAGAAUAAUAUAUGAAGACUACAUUUCCAUUCUUUCUCCUAAAGAGGUCAGUUUAGACUCCCGAGUCAGAGAAGUCAUCAACAAGAACAUGGUGGAGCCUUCCCAACACAUAUUCGAUGAUGCACAACUUCAGAUUUACACUUUAAUGCACAGAGACUCAUACCCCCGGUUCAUGAACUCUACUCUCUAUAAGGAUUUGCUUCAGUCCUUAUCUGAGAAAUCAGUUGAAGCAUAGGAUGUUAUCAAAUAUAUUUAUUAUUAAUAAAAUAAUAAAAGAACUCAAGGACCACAUCUAGUACAGGGAAUUUAGAGAUAGUGGGAUCUCCUGCGGGAGUAAUACUGGGGCUAUUUUAAUAACAGAUGCUUCCUUCUAGAGAUGGCUAUAUAUUCACAAUGUAAAUUGCAGCCAACUUUAGUGAUACUUUUUUUUUUAAUGGGGUAUGACUAUUUUAAAAAGAUAGUGUAUUUCCAUUUACAAUACCAGUAGCAUGUUCUCAAUGACAAGGGAUACACUAGAUGCUCCAUGUGCCUAGAGCAUGUCUGGCUACUGGAGCAAAACAUUUCACUCUUUUGCAUGAGUUCAGUACCUGAUUACUCUCCCCCACAAAGACAAGACACUCGAGUGUCUCCAAGCUACUCCUCCCUUCCAUCAAGCUCAGUUUUGAACAUUUCACUUAUUGAUGCCAUUACCCAUCAGACCCAAAUACUCAUUUUAUAAAGAUGUGACUGCUACAUAAAAAAUAUUCCACUUUGUCUAAAAAUAUACAUAUGUAGGCACAUAUGUUUGUAUCUAUACAUGGUUAGUGUCAAGUACUGUUCUCUUAUGUGGAUCAGUCUCAAAUGUUUGGUAAAAGAAGUAGUGUUUAGAAAAUUCUUUUGUUGAAAAGUUAGUUAUUUUAUCAGAAUCUGCAAACCUGAAGAAUGAAUUUAUAACUUAGUCAUGUUCAUAACUUGCAAAUAAGCAUAUUUCUGUUUUUAUUAUUGAAAGAAAUAUGGGCAUUUUCACUCUAAAAAAUAAAGCACAAGAGUUUUA